AUCGGCCUGCUGAUAGACGCUACUUUUUCAUUCAUCCCUGGACAUCUGACCACUACCACGACAUUCCCUCAAAAGAUGGCACAGCUUUGGAACUUGGUGGAAUUCCAGGACCAGAGUGCAGCAGUUGUGCCGCUCAGCUGGGUGGUAGAGGUGGACGGAGAAGUGGGAUGCUACUGGCCACCCUAUAGUGGCCAAAAAGCUGAGAAGGCCGCCAUGAACUCCAUCCCCCCGGGACAAGGAUGGCAAUUCCACCCAAAAAUCAGGGUGCUGACAACCUGUGCCACCUUUGCCAAAGCCAGGUCUUGCCUCAACCGAUCGCUGGAGGAAGGCUGCCUUACAGCAGACCUGCAGUCUGAUGGUGAGAUGGGGCCCAGGAAAAGACGUCCAAACAAAAGGUAUUUUGAGGAGGACAGCGAGGAGGAGGCACAACCAAGGCGUAAGGGGAGGAGGCCACCAUCUAUUGACGCCACUCAGCUGGACAGCGAGUGGCAAUUCCCCUCCCUUAAUGAAGACACCCAGUCAGCCAGUAGACACCCAGCCAGCCAGUUCCUUCACAGCCAGCCAUUAACUCAUGAUUCACUGCCGUCAGAAACCCCGCCAGGCCUUGUACUUAACAGCCAGCCACUAACCCAUGCUUCACCUCUGCCGUUGCGACAGGUGAACAAUCAGUUGCUGCGUGAUUUACCGUCGUCAGAAACCCCGCCAGGCCCCCUACAUCACAGUCAGCCACUAACCCAUGAUGUGUUCUGA